CCAAAAAGAAAACCAAAUACGAAGGGAAGCUCACCAAGAAAACAUCAAUCCGUAGAAGCUAUAAGUUUGUAACGUACCAUCACCGAAUAUAUUGAAUUAUCAACAUGGAUCCAACUCCAAUUGACAUGUUCAAUCGAGAUCCAAACUCAAUUAACUCGCAUGUACAGGUUGGAUUUGAAGAUGUGUUAGCCGAGCCUGAUGGUGUCCACAGUCCAGAAUGUGUGUGGAAGCUGGCCAACAAAUGCUUCACUUGUUCAAGAGACAUCGCCUACACUCUAUUCGCACUCUGCUACGGGGUGCCUUACGCUUUCUUCUGGGGCUGCGAGUUCGCCUAUCUUUCGUUCGCUCACAUCUGGAUCAUCACCCCUGCCAUCAGUAUGUACAUGGUGUGGCUGAAAUCUAUCAAGAUCAUCUAUGGAGCAUGCGUGAGGACCUGCUGUGACCCGUGCUUCGAGUCGUGUGGAAGAAUAUUGAGUGACGUCAGAGUAACACACGCUUAACAUUGGUCCCGUUUCUGUUAAAACAUGCAGCAUUUAUUACUACAAUUAUUUGUAGAUGGAGAUACGUUUAAUUUAUCAUCUUCUUUUGUUUAUAAUAUAAUUGUUGAUAGUUAAAAAUGUGAUUUUUAUCAUGCUAUCAACAGAAUCAACAAAUUUUCUGAUUUUACUCGACUGAGUUAUACGAUUAUACUAUUUUCAUGUUUUUAGAUAUACAGACUUAAUAAUAUAAUAGGGUACCGUUGUAAAGCUAUCUGUAAGCAAUUAAAACAUAUUAUGAUAAUUAUAAAACAAAAUAAUAUGUUUUUAGACACUCUACAAUGUUAUAGUAAUUAAAUGUCCGAGAGUAGCAAUGAAACAAAUAACACAAUAGGUCUAUUACUCUAGGAGGUUAAAUAAUAAUUCUUUUAAUAAAUCAAUGUUAAAGAUUAGGGAUACCAAUUUAUACAUAUCCGUAGUCUAAAAUAAGAAAUACAAACUUUACAAAACACAAUCAUUGGAUAUAAUUAUUUUUCUAUUAUAUUCCCACACCAAAUGUCAUGUCUUCGAGUUUUGAGUUCAGACAUCGAAUAAAAAACAUCGAAAAUCAA